AUGGCUGUGCAGUGUCCCAAACGACCCUGUCAUGCAGGUCCCUCGUCACAUCCCCACUCUGAUCACCCACCACCUGUGACUCCUACAGACUCGCAGCCAAUGACUAUCAUUUGUGAACUGUGGAUGAAGAAGCAAAAUCAAUGGCAGAGAUGGUCUCAAGAAGUCAUUCCUUCCCUCAUUGAACCUUACCUUGCCUACUGCCAGCAAUCAGAAUCCUUGCAAUCCAACCCUGACCUUGGUCUCCUCACCAGAGACAAUUUGCAUUGCAGUGUGUUUUGUCGCUUGCGAUCACUGGCAGUCACCUGUGUACUCUUUGACUUCAUCAGCAUUACCUGCUGCGAGUGUUGUCCAGCACCACUCCAACUCAUGACACAUGGGUUAUUUGCAUGUGCUCCUGUUACCCUGUCUCUUGCAGUAGACAUCCAUGUGUUGGAGCUAGUAAAAAAUCUGUUUGUACAGAUGACUCCCAACUCAACUGCAUGGUGCAAUGUGCUAGAAUUUUUUUUGAAUGAUCUUAGAUGCUGGUUUAGCAAUGCAUAUCAUUGGUAUACUGUUCUGACCAUAAUGGCAUCGGACUACCUUACCACAUUUAUCUCUAAAUCUCGGCGCGCUGGUGCAGAAGCAACAACCAACACACCACAACUACUAAGUCAGCCAAGUGCUUACCUUUCUUUGCGUUGUCCUCUGUGCUUCGCUCAUCAUUUCAUUAGGGUCGACUACAUUGUUUGUGUUGAUGCCUGCUUCACCCAAAAGCGCUCCAACAACCCACGAAAUGGUAGCAUGCAAGAUCCACCUAACCACAUGCCAACUGUUUUUAUCCCUGAACACGAAGUCAAGUUGAUGGAAGACCAUGUCAAUGACUGCUGUGGGGAUGGAACUGGGACACACAAACAACCAAGGCAGCCAGCUGAAGAGGUUCACGAUGGGUAUGAGGACAGGAUGAGGAUUCCAGUGUCUGUCUUGGAUGGGUGCAAUGAAAAGCGCGAAAAAGCAAGUACAUGCUUUUUUGCAGACACUGGACUCAUGGCAUUACUUUGUCGACACAAUCGAGUGCUGUGGCUCGUUAACAUGACCUCUGCUGGCGAGAAGCAAUAUUACUCCCUUGCAUUAGUGAAGUGGCUCUUCGAGCAUCUACUGCCUGAUAUGCUGGUGGGGUUGCUAUAUGACAUUGGAUGUCAACUUGAGCAUAGUUGUUGGAAGUGGGGCUUCCUGGAUGACUCUAUUCUAUCACAUAUCAGCUUCAGAAUAUCUGUGUUUCAUGCAUAUGGUCACCAGUGGCCUUGUCAAAUUGUCUACCACCCUCGAAAGUGUGCUGGGUUUGGGCUAUCUGAUGGAGAGGGCUGUGAGCAUCUAUGGAGUGCCUUGAAACAUCUCAUUCCAGUGCUUCGAGUUUCUGGUUAUCACCAGCAGUUAUUUGUACUGGAUGUACAAGUGUGCUACUUGGCUCUCAAGUCUCUGGAUGCAUCAGGGCAAUGGUUAGUGUGGAAGUGGAUGAUUUGCCAGAGGAAGAAACAGGUGGCUCUGGAUGAGGAGUGGGCAGCCCAGAUAGCUCAUCAGACAAAGCCGAUAGCUUGCAGAUCUAAACAUAAAGCUGCAGAGGCUAUUGUGGGUGUUCUUGCAUUGGAAAAGACCCUUGAAAGCCAUCAGAACACCAUACAGCAACUUGAACAUCAGCUCAUUAGCAACAAUGUUGACAACAUGACUACUUUCAAUCUCCAGCUUCAUGAUGCACAUGCCCGAUCCACAUUAGGUGUUUCAGAGUAUGCUGAUCUGCAAAAAUUGAAGAAGAAUGUUUAUCUUCAAAUUGUCUCAACAUACAACUCCUUGUGCGACCAACUGCAUAUGCUGAUACAUCGACGCAAGGUGCCUGCUAAUGCCAUUCCACCCAUACCUAUCUCAUGUGAUGGUAUCUUUCAGCUGGAUGUUGAUGAUGACAUUUGGCAAGAUGUAGGUCUGGAAGAUGAGACUGUGAACCCACCUCGAUGGCUUGCUGAUGACAAUGUCCUGUCAGGGAAUUCAUCUGACAGGUUAAGAUGCGAACACUGUGUUAUGCAAGAGUGCAUGAUCACAGAGUGGACUGCACUUCAGGAGGCUCAAGAAGUUGCAAAUGUUGAUGUGGCAUGGCACCUUGAGAAGUGUGCUGCACAGCUAUCCCUCAUGUGCUUUGAUGCAUGGGAAAUGCCUGAUAGUUGGGGACCAUCCUCCACUGAUAUUGCCCAUGCUGGACAUUCACUUUACCAUGCAAAAACUGUGCAGCCUGCAAAUGCUGACUCGGGGGAAUUGUCAGAGGAUGAGAGCAACAAUGAUGACAUCGAUGAGGGAGGAGUUGAUGAUGAGUUGAUGGUAGCAAUAGAGGAAGUCACAUAUGCAAAUGAAUAUUGGAUUGUGGAAUCAGAUUCCAAAGGAGACCUAGAGUACUGGGAUGAAGUACAUGUGCCAUCUUCUCCAACCUUGUAUUAA